GUGCAUCCCACAUCUGCCUCCCGGGUGGACUUCCGGCAUGCCGGGUGAGGAACCGACGCCGUCCCGCGGGUUAUGGACAGGAAAAGCUCUGGCAGCUAGAACAAGAUGACAGCUAAAGGUCAGAAGCAGGGCUCAAAGAGCAAGGAAGAUGCUCCGUAUGAGCUGGAGAGUCAGUACAUCCUGAGGCUGCCACCGGAAUUUGCAGCCACUGUACGGAGAGCAGUGCAGUCUGGGAAUGUGAACCUGCGGGAUCGACUUACCAUUGAACUACACCCGGACGGUCGACAUGGCAUCGUGCGAGUGGACAAACAGCCCUUGGCUUCCCGGCUGGUUGAUUUGCCCUGUAUCAUUGAGUCACUGAAGACCAUCGAUAAGAAGACUUUCUAUAAGACUGCAGAUAUCUGCCAGAUGCUGGUGUGCACCACAGAUGGGGAGUUGUACCCUCCACAGGAGGAGCCUGUGCCAGUGGAUCCCAAAAACAAGAAGAAAGACAAAGACAAGGAGAAGAAGUUCCUGUGGAAUCAUAGCAUCACUUGCCCUCUAAAAAAUGUCCGGAAGAGGAGGUUCAGGAAAACUGCAAAGAAGAAGUAUAUUGAGUCUCCAGAUGUGGAGAAGGAAGUGAAGCGACUGCUGAGCACAGAUGCUGAAGCUGUCAGUGUCCGAUGGGAAGUGAUAGCCGAGGAUGAAACAAAGGAAGUUGAGAACCAGGGAUCACUGCCAAACCUCGACAGCUCUUCACCAGGAUCAUCUGGGCACAAGCAGGGACACACCUCGGCAGUGGAAAGAGAUGAGUUACGUGAGAUCUUCAAUGACAUCAGCAGCAGCAGUGAGGAGGAUGAAGAUGAAGGGGACCGGCACGACGAUGAGGACCUGAAUAUUAUGGACUUGGAAGAAGACCUUGCCAGGCGACCGCAGCAAAAACACGAUGAAGGGGAUGGUCAAAUGAAGCCAAAAGAAGAUUCAAACCAAAUGGCUAAAGUGGCAGAGUUCAGGUACGAGAUUGAGAGCCUGCAGAAGAAGCUGCAGCUGACCCAGGAGAAGAGGAAACGACAGGAGGACCUGAUCAUGAAGGUGGAGAACCUGGCAUUGAAGAAUCGUCUGCAGGCCGUUGUUGAUGAGAUCAAACAACAGGAAGAGAAAGAAAAGCUUCAGCUGGCUUCUUUACAGACACAAUUGGAGACCCUGCUGAAUCAAUGACCAAAAUUGUCUCUGUAGCUUUCGUAUGGACAAGCAGGAUGGACAGUUUACUGCACACAGUGCCCGAAGUUUAUUAAUGAUCAGAAUUGGUUCUGUGAAGUGUGCAGGAAAUGUACAUAAGCUCAAGGCAAAACGCUAAUAAAUAAGUUUUUGAAGAAG